AUGUCUAUUUCCUACAAGCAUGUUCUGCUUAUUGGAGCCACUACCGGCAUUGGUCGUGCCAUGGCCGAUCGGUUGAUUCAAGCCGGCGUCAAGGUCACAGCCGUUGGUCGUCGCAAGGACCGCCUGGACGACUUUGUUCAGAAACAUGGAGAGCAAAUGGCCAGCGCAGUCCCCUUCGACAUCUCCCUAGUAGAGAACAUUCCAAAGUUUGCAGCUGAAAUCAUCGACUCGUACCCCGACGUGGAUUGCCUUUUCGUCAAUGCAGGAAUUCAACUCCCCUUUGAGCUUGAUGAUCGGGGCCAGUUCGAUUUGAUGGCAUUCAACCAGCAAAUGAACGUCAACUUCUCCAGUCUGGUCGCCUUGACGCACGCCUUUCUGCCCUUUCUGAUCGAGAAAAAGAGCCCCACCAGUAUCAUCUUUACCGGAUCAAAUGUGGCUAUCAUCCCGGCUGCACCUCUGCCGGCAUAUUCUGCCUCCAAGGCUGCAUUGAACGUGUUCACCUUGUGUCUGCGUGACCAGCUGCAGAACUCCAACGUGGCGGUGAUUGAAAUUUCUCCCCCAGCAGUGCAGACCGAGUUAUAUGAGAUAGGGAGCAAGGUGGGCAUGCCCCUGGACACCUUUACUGAACUUGCAUUCGAAGGUCUUGUUGCGGGACAAGACCAGAUCGUGAUAGGCAAUAUUGGGCCCGCUGAGACGUUCAAUGCAAUUAUUGACCAGAGACGCAAGGCGUUUGAGGACUUGGCCAAGAUGAUUAGGGCGCAGCAGAAAUAG